GUGCCAGUAAUCAAAAUGUCUCCUGGCCUUUCCAGCCCGGAAGUGAUGUCGCUGUCAGGGCGGUGCUGGCGCAUGUGUGAGCCGGAAGCGGGCUGUGCUCUGUCUCAUUCAGACAGGAGCUUCGUGGCAGCUGCUGGGAUCUGCAUUAGCAUCGCAGGCAGUAUGGCGCUAACCUUGACCGUGUCGAGCUCCAGCCCUCCUCUGGCUGUUUUGUGGACCGUGGAACAUCUGAAGGGCCAAAUACAGAUCAAUGUGCAGGAAGGGAAGGACACCCACCUACGGGUAACAGAUACUAUCUCCUUCACUGAUGUGCACUCCAUCGUACGCUACCUGGCCAGACUUGCUCCACAUAAAGGACUGAGUGGGGCACAUCUGAUGGAACAGACAGAGGUGAGCCAUUGGAUGGAAUUUAGUCAGACCAGACUGAUGCAGAAGCCUGAGUUUUGUGCAGGCCUCCAGGAGCUCAACCACUGUCUGUCUCUGCGCACCUACUUGGUGGGAAACACCCUGACUCUAGCCGAUAUCUGCAUCUUCUCUGCCUUGGAAGCAAGCAGUGAAUGGCAGACACUGGUGCAGAAGGGUCAGACCCCAGUAAAUGUCAGUAGGUGGUACAGCUUUCUGGAACCCCAGCUUGGCUUUUGGAACAGAACCAACAACAAAGUGCCCACUGAAAAAAAGCAAGAUGUUGGAAAGUUUGUAGAGCUACCAGGUGCAGAGAUGGGCAAGGUAGUGGUGAGAUUCCCUCCGGAGGCCAGCGGCUAUUUGCACAUUGGGCAUGCCAAAGCCGCGCUCCUCAACCAGCACUACCAGGUCAACUUCAAAGGAAAACUUAUCAUGAGGUUUGAUGACACAAACCCCGAAAAGGAGAAGGAAGACUUUGAGAAGGUCAUACUGGAAGAUGUCUCCAUGCUGCAGAUCAAGCCGGAUCAGUUUACGUACACCUCCGAUCACUUUGACACCAUCAUGAAAUAUGCAGAGAAGCUGAUCCAGGAAGGAAAGGCCUAUGUGGAUGACACCCCAGCAGAGCAGAUGAAAGCAGAGCGAGAGCAGAGAACAGAGUCCAAGCACAGAAGUAACACUGUGGCAAAGAACAUAGAAAUGUGGGAAGACAUGAAGAAAGGCACGGAAUAUGGCCAGACCUGCUGUCUCCGAGCAAAAAUCGACAUGAAUUCCAACAAUGGCUGCAUGAGGGACCCCACACUGUUCCGCUGCAAGAAUCAACCCCACCCUCGGACUGGAAGCAAAUACAGUAUCUAUCCCACAUAUGACUUUGCCUGCCCCAUUGUGGACAGUGUAGAGGGAGUCACUCACGCGUUGCGCACAACAGAGUAUCACGACCGGGACGAGCAGUUCUACUGGAUUAUUGAUGCGCUGGGCAUCCGCAAGCCUUACAUCUGGGAAUACAGCCGUCUAAACCUCAACAAUACCCUCCUUUCCAAGAGAAAACUGACCUGGUUUGUCAAUGAAGGCCUUGUGGAUGGCUGGGAUGACCCAAGGUUCCCUACUGUACGUGGAGUUCUCCGAAGAGGAAUGACAGUGGAGGGGCUGAAACAGUUCAUUGCAGCGCAGGGCUCUUCACGAUCGGUGGUAAACAUGGAGUGGGACAAGAUCUGGGCAUUUAACAAAAAGCUGCGAGCUAUCUGUAAGAAGGUGAUCGAUCCUGUAGCCGCCCGUUACACCGCCUUACUGAAGAGCCAGGCCGUCCCUGUGAACAUUCCUGACGCAAAAGAAGGCAUGCUGGAAGUGGCCAAGCACCCAAAGAACACCGAGGUGGGCCUGAAGCCUGUGUGGUAUGGCCCCAAGGUCCUCAUAGAAGGUGCAGAUGCAGAGACCUUGUCUGAGGGGGAGACAGUCACAUUCAUAAACUGGGGAAAUCUCAUCAUUACAAAGAUUCACCGGGACCAGAGUGGGAAAAUCCAGUCCCUCGAUGCCAAGCUGAAUCUGGAAAACAAGGAUUACAAGAAAACCACUAAGAUCACCUGGCUCGCUGAAACUCCCAAGGCGCCUUUUAUCCCAACGUCCUGUGUUAAUUACGAUCAUCUUAUCACCAAGCCGGUUUUGGGCAAAGAGGAAGACUUCAAGCAGUACAUUAACAGAAGCAGCAAGCAAGAAGAAGUCAUGUGGGGUGACCCCUGCCUGAAAGAUCUGAAAAAGGGAGACAUCAUCCAGCUUCAGAGGAGAGGCUUCUACAUCUGUGAUGAGUCAUAUGAGCCAAUCAGCCCUUACAGCUGUAAGGAGGCCCCAUGUGUUCUGAUUUACAUCCCAGAUGGGCACACCAAGGAGAUGCCAACAUCAGGCUCAAAGGAGAAGUCCAAGACUGAGGCUACCAAGAAAGAGGCCCAACCCAAAUCGAAGGGUAAAGCUGAAGUGAGUGCAGCUCCACUUGCAUCUCCAGAAGAGGAUCCAGUCGCUCUGUACAACAAGGUUUCUGUACAGGGAGAUCUAGUAAGGGACCUGAAAGCAAAGAAAGCUGCAAAGGCGGAACUUGAUACAGCUGUAAAGCUCCUCUUGUCUCUGAAAGCUCAAUACAAAGAAGUUACAGGGCAGGAAUAUAAACCGGGCAGUGCCCCAACACAGAAACUAGUUUCCAGCCCAGAAGCCACAGGCAAUAACGACGCAAAAGCCUUGUACAACAAGGUUUCUGCACAGGGAGAUCUAGUAAGGGACCUGAAAGCAAAGAAAGCUGCAAAGGCGGAACUUGAUACAGCUGUAAAGCUCCUCUUGUCUCUGAAAGCUCAAUAUAAAGAAGUUACAGGGCAGGAAUAUAAACCGGGCAGUGCCCCAACAGAGAAACCAGUUUCCAGCCCAGCAGCCACAGGCAAUAACGAUGCAAAAGCCUUGUACGAUAAAGUGUCUGAACAAGGGGAGACAGUCCGAAAAUUAAAGGCAGAGAAAGCGCCAAAGGAUCAGGUAGAUGGAGCUGUGAAAACCCUUCUAGCUUUGAAAUCAGAAUAUAAACAAGUAACAGGUCAGGAGUACAAGCCAGGGAGCCCUCCAGCAGUUCCAAACAGCUCCCCUCCACCUCCCACUAGUCAGAGCUGCUCCCACGACUCAAAUCUUUUAUUGUACAACAGAGUGGUUGAGCAAGGAGAGUUGGUCCGACAGCUCAAAAUCAAGAAAGCCGCAAAGGAUGAGGUAGACUCCGCUGUGAAACUUCUUUUGAAUCUUAAAGCGGAGUACAAGCAAUUGACUGGCCAGGAUUAUAAGCCUCAGACCCCACCUUUAUCUCAGCCGCCAAGUGAACCCUCAAACAUUGUGUCUGGUCCAGCCCCAGGGGUGGUCAGUUCUACGGACUGUGCAAGUCUGUAUGAGAAAGUAUCUCAGCAAGGUGAUCUUGUCCGCAAGCUGAAAUCUGAGAAAGCUUCAAAGGAUAAAGUGGAUGAGGCUGUGAAAAUGCUGCUGGCUCUAAAGGCUGAAUAUAAGGAGAAAUCAGGGCAGGAAUAUAAACCAGGACAGGCCCCGGCUGCUGCUCCCUCAAAAGGGAAUCUGGAAAAACCUGCAAGUACUGAAGCAAAUGGCUCACAAAAUGCAGCGGCAGAAGAACUGUAUAACAAAGUGUCCAGACAGGGAGAGGAAGUCCGCAAACUGAAGUCUGAAAAAGCUGCAAAGGAUAAAGUGGAUGUUGCUGUAAAGGAGCUUCUGGAUUUAAAGGCCCAGUACAAAGCUUUGACGGGCACAGAGUACAAACCAGUGGCUGCCGCAAGCUCCGACGACAAGAAGCACAAAGUGAAGGAGAACAAGUCUGAGAAGCAAAGCAAACAAUCAAAGGCUGGAGAAGGGACUAAGAAGAAGGAUACCCCCAAAGAUCAAGGGGACAAUUCUGCUGCUGGAGACAGUCAAGGGUCAAAAAAACAGACCAGGUUGGGAUUGGAGGCUAAAAAGGAAGAGAAUCUACCAGACUGGUAUUCCCAGGUGAUCACCAAAUCAGAGAUGAUUGAAUAUUAUGAUGUCAGUGGCUGUUACGUGUUGCGGCCCUGGGCCUUUGCCAUCUGGGAGGCCAUUAAAGAGUUCUUUGAUAAGGAGAUAAAGAAGCUCGGUGUGGAAAACUGUUACUUCCCCAUGUUUGUGUCUCAGGCUGCGCUGGAGAAGGAAAAGACCCACAUUGCAGAUUUCGCUCCAGAGGUUGCCUGGGUUACAAGGUCAGGAAAGACAGAGUUAGCAGAACCAAUUGCUGUACGGCCCACAAGUGAAACUGUAAUGUAUCCCGCUUAUGCCAAAUGGGUGCAGUCCCACCGAGAUCUCCCUAUUAAGCUGAAUCAGUGGUGUAACGUAGUGAGGUGGGAGUUUAAACACCCUCAGCCUUUCCUCCGGACGCGCGAGUUCCUUUGGCAAGAAGGACAUACGGCGUUCGCAACAUACGAGGAAGCUGCAGAAGAGGUCCUGCAGAUACUGGAUCUUUAUGCCCGUGUGUAUGAGGAUCUCUUGGCUAUUCCUGUUGUAAAAGGAAGAAAGACUGAGAAAGAAAAGUUUGCAGGUGGGGACUACACAACCACAGUGGAAGCAUUUAUAUCAGCAAGCAGCCGUGCCAUACAGGGUGCAACAUCACAUCAUCUGGGCCAGAACUUUUCCAAAAUGUUUGAAAUUGUUUUCGAAGACCCUAAAACUCCUGGAUUGAAACAGUAUGCGUAUCAGAACUCAUGGGGGCUUUCAACUCGCACAAUAGGAGCAAUGGUCAUGGUUCAUGCAGACAACAUCGGGAUGGUGCUUCCACCCAGAGUAGCCUGUGUCCAGGUAGUAAUAAUUCCUUGUGGCAUCACAAACACCCUUUCUGAGGAAGACAAAGACGCCCUCCUAAAAAAAUGCGACCAGUAUCUGAAGCGCCUUCUAAACGCCGACGUACGGGCACGCGCAGAUCAGAGGGACAACUACUCCCCGGGAUGGAAAUUCAAUCACUGGGAGCUCAAGGGUGUUCCUAUCAGGCUUGAGGUCGGGCCACGAGACAUGAAAAAUAAGCAGUUUGUAGCAGUCAGACGAGACAAUGGGGAGAAACAAACCAUCCCAGAGGGUCAGGCCGAGACACGGUUGAAGGAAAUAUUGGAGGAAAUUCACACAAAUCUAUAUAACCGGGCACACAGCGAUCUGACAAGCCACAUGGUGGUAGCCAACAACAUGGAAGACUUCCAGAAGCAUUUGGAGAAGGGAAGGAUAGUACAGAUCCCAUUCUGUGGGGAGAUUGAAUGUGAAGAUUGGAUAAAGAAGACAACCGCAAGGGAUCAAGAUCUGGAACCAGGAGCACCUUCUAUGGGAGCCAAAAGCCUCUGUAUCCCCUUCAAACCUCUCAGCGAGCUGCAGCCUGGCGCCAAGUGCGUCUGUGAGAAGAACGCCGCCAAGUUCUACACGCUAUUCGGCCGCAGUUAUUAGUGAACGGGACCCUCUGACUACUUUAAUAAGCUCUUUAUUUUUAAUAAGAAAGAAAAAGAUUCUCAAAAAAAAAACAGGUUAUCAGGACCCGUCCGUAGUGUAGUUCUACUGUUACCAUGGCUAAACGGCUUUUUUUUCUGGAAACAUCCUUAAUAAAGUCUACUAUGAGAUUA